AUGGCAUCCGAAGACUCUAGUAGUUCUGACGAUCUAGAAGCUGAGUUCAUCAAAAUAGAGGCCCGCGAAGCUCAUUAUAGACAAACCCAGAACACACACAAAUCGGACACAUACGAUGCGGCGCACAAUCUGACGGGGACCGACCUCGGUUCCAUGGGCGCUCACCUCGACCAAACCUCAGGAGACGAGCAGUGGCCACACACACUUGAACUUACCUCAACGGACGAGCCGUUGCAAAAUACAACCGAAAUUGUUAGUCACCCUGAGGGCAGUGCGUCUAAAAGGCCACGAUCGCCUGUAUUGAUUGAUUACGGACAACUUCAAGGCCCGACGGCAAUGCCCGUUGCCUCUACUCACCCGUAUCUGCCAACCUACGAAUACGAAGAGCUUCAAAGACAGCGGACGACGAGGCGAGCAGUGUCACCAAGCUCCACGGUCGAGCCAAAUCAUCCACAACAAGGCGAAGUCCUACAUAAACAAAACGUCUACUUGUCAAUCCGUACACCUAGUCAGGGUAGCGGAGUUUUGACCGACAAGGACGUUGACAAUCAGUUUGGCUAUGUUAGUCCUUCGUCGCUUGAACCUUGGUCCGCCUUCGGACGCGGGUGCGGUCUUGGUGGAAGGAGACCAUUGUUACUUACAGAAGAUGUCGCUGCCGUAACGUCCCUGGAAGAAGGCCAUCUACUGCGGAACAUGAGCCUGAAAAAAGAGCUUUCAACUGACUGGAAAUCAGUUCGCGACCAGUUGCCGGAUACAUGGAGAUGGGAUGUUGAAUACAGCAGCAUCCAGGCUGGAAGUGGCGGAGAACAAAGUGGCUGUUGGACCUGUACACCGCUCCUGCCAGAUGAGCCAAGAGACAUUCCUCUCAGCAUAGCGUCUACUCCAGUUGUAAUACCUGUAGAGUAUCAAUGGCCCCCUAUUAGUGGUGUGGUACCACCGCCAGAUCCUCAACCUACGGCGCCCAUUGACUGCCAAGCUCAGAUACCUUUAGAGCUGGUGAGAGCCAUUUUCCUCACUUUCCAAGGUAGCCUCGGCUUUUAUAUACUGAUCAACGGACUUCUGCAAAUCGUUGUGUCAGAAGACUUUGAUACAGCCUGGGCGUCAUCGCACCUUCCGCACAAAUACGGGGGUCUCAAGGUGUGCUACAUCGAGUCUACGUUCGAGCCAACCAUGGCAUCAGGCUCGACGCAGACGGAACAAGCGGGUCCUUCAUCUGGCUCACCCGAGCCUGUUCUAUUAGAAAUCCAUCAGCCCCCUCAUUCUGCCGUCCAACACACCACUCAACCUCCCUCGAUCAGACUCAACGACCUCAUAGAAGCUCGACCACAUUCAAAUCACCGAAAAGAGAAGUACGCUGGGCGCAUUGGUCUGAAGAUAUCGAGGAACAGUGAGCAGUUCCUCUUAAUGUCCACGCAUGUCAUAACAGAGGCCAUCUUGGCGAAGUCUUACCGGGAUGCCAUGUUUGGCCGCAGUUGUGAGGAACGCAUUCAGAGAUUAGAAAGCGAUUGGAACGUACACACAGAGAUUUGGGCUGGAAAUGCGAAGAUUGGCAACAUCGACAAGACCUUUGACAAGGAAGCUGGUGCCUAUCCCAAUGGAUUUAAUCAUGAUGUUACACUGAUUCGACCCACGCUGCCAAUCGGAGUAAAGGAUGUUGCCUCCCCGGUGGAUAACCUCGGGUGGUUGAACCAGCAAUCAUGGGCUUGUCUUCGCCAACAGACAUCAGCACUCAAGAUCCUUGCCGACACUGAAAACCACAGAUCAGGAAAGAGCAUCAAAUGCAGUCGACCAUCGGACCUUCUUGUUGUAGGCGAAGGUAUCUUCCUCAACCAGAAAGCCGCAGCAGGUGGUUCAAAGAGUCUGAAAGGACACAAAGCUUCAACAUGGAAUGAGCUCGUGUCGCGCGCAAUCUUGUACCGUGUGUAUCCUGACUUCGAUGCGCCGAAUGGUCAUAGUGGCACUGCGCUCUAUGCGGAUGGGGUGAGAGAAGAUGGAACCCAAGGCCCGGGCAUUGUGGGCUUCCAGAGUUUCGUGCAGCGCAGCGGGCACGUGCAAAAUUUUGAGAUGGAAGGUCCCGCGCUUGAGCGCCGAUUACAACUUGGAAGGGUGGCGUUUUACGGAGCGUUUGAAGUUCCCGCCGAACUGAAGCAGUACGACAUUGUAUGA